AUGACCCAGGUUCGCCGAAUUCAAUUCGAGGGUGACGAUACGGCUUACAUUCAGUUCCUUGAAGCUCGAGUUCUUGAACUUGAGAGAAUUGUUCGUCAUUCGUCUCAACCAGAGACAUACAAUGAAACCAUAUAUUCCUUGAGAAACCGACCAGGCUCGAAUGGGGUUAGCAGUCAGCACGAGUUCUUUGAACUCGCUAAUCGUAACCAAGGUCAAAUUCAUAGCGUAUCGGAAAAUCGAAGCCGCGGCAGAAACAUGCAACACGCGUCGGGGAAUCGAGAACAGCGACGACGUGAUCCAGACCGAACCCAUGGUGAUUGCGCGACAUUGAAGAUCAUCGAAUACAGUCCAAAACAUAACAUUAAGCACGCCGGCCUUGAUCCGGGUGGGACCGACAAAUGCGUGCUGAGCCAAAGCAAGGAGCAGCAACUCAAGGUGUUAUCAAAAUUCAGCACAUUCCUCGACGAUCUACCCCAGUCACAGGUUUGGAAGGACUGGGUUUCAGCUCUUCAUGGGAGUCAACGCAGAAAGUUUUUCAAGCACUGGUUCAAGACUGUGUCUCAGUCAACAGAAAUUUCCAUCCUAUUGGAAUACGGAAACUCAAUGAUGGCAAACGGCAUGAUCAAUCGACAGUUGGCAUGCUUUCGGGAGCUGAUUUUUAUUUCGCUUUGUGCGGUCGCGUUGAGAGUUACUGAGAACAAAGAUAGCGUCUACGAGAUUAUGAGAAAAGUUCUGGGAUCCAAUGCUUACUCGAGACAAUUCGAAAAACUUAUUCGCGGCGCAAAAUGGGCGAAUAGUAUCAUAUCCCUUUUAUCGCAGACUAAAUGGGAAUAUAGCUGCUGGGAUGCUAUUUGUGUUGCUGAACAUUCAGUUAGCUUUUACGCCCGAUUCGCCGAGUUUUCCAUUGAGCCCGAGCAAGUAUUAAAGGGCAUGAGGAAUAAUAAUGUUUUCAACGACUCCUUAUUAGGUCAACCUAAGAAUACACCCGUGCCGCUCGCAAUCCCUUUGAUCAUAGAAAGGGUUUUCAGGGACAGCGCUUCGUGGGUCACUUGUUUAUUCUUUCAAGCUCUUAUAGCUGAUCCAUUCCAUUGCAGGCUAAGAGAAAUUUGCCAUUGCCUGAACUACGACUUAUCUAUUGUCGAAUCCUAUCGGUUACUCUUCAAUACUGCAUUGGAUAACAAAAAAAGGUCAAUGGCAUCGAUGCGAUCUGAACCGUCGAAAAUACCAUGUCGGGAUCACAUUUCUUGUUCGCCACCAGGUAAAACUUCAUCGUGUUUAACAAGUCGCCAGCUACUAACAUUCUCAGAAGAUGACGAAGUGGCUCGCACUAAUUCGGCUAGAGGCUCUCCUCUGAUGGAGGACAUAACUUCCCAAACGCCCCCGGCAGACGCCUUCCGGCCAUUCGGCAAUCUCCCUAAUUUCUCGGACACGCCUAGCCAAUUACUCGCAGCAGACCCCUUUCCAGCGAGUGAUUUUCCUCACAGCCUUUUCGACAACCUCGCUGGUCUUUCAGAGAGCACACCUAGCCAACCACUUGCAGCAGAUCCUUUUCCAGCGAGUGAUUUUCCUCACGACCUUUUCGACAACCUCGCUGGUCUUUCAGAGGGCACACCUAACCAUCCACUUGCCGUAGACCCUUUUUCAGCGAGUGAUUUUCCUCACGGCAUUUUCGACGAUCUGCAUGGUUUGUUACGGCACACACCUGGCCUACCCUCUGCUCCGGACCUUUAUAGAGGUCAUCAUUCAGAAGUACCAGGAGAUUUUUCUGCGACGCCUGUUGCCCACGUGAACUCUCCCACGGGCUCGAGGUGUGAUCCCGCAGGCCGCUCUAUUCAUCCUCUCACAAUGGCAGAACCCCUACUCGAUGACAGUCCAGCACGAGAUUCAUUCGCUGGUGUUCUCAGGGCCCAAGAAGACAUACAACGCGAGAUUCAUAAUGUUACUAGUCCACGGUCGUAUGAGCGGCCGGGAAAAUUCAAUGACGCAGGCGCAGCCCAAGCAGUGUGUUGA